AUGUGGCAAAAAGGUAACGUCGUUCGCAGUGGAUUUGUCUCAUCGGACACACGUGUAGUGUUCCGGUCAAGUAGUAGCUCGGUGUUGAUAUACAUUCAAAUGAGCUCAGAAAUGUGGCAACUGGAUCCCCAGGGAGACCUUUACUUCGAGAAGUGUGUGAAAGGAUUCAUGGCAGAGCUGUUCUCGAAAUGGUAUCUGAACUCCAGCGCGCACUACGUUUCGAUCAUUCUUUGUUCUCGGUUUUAUCUACUGGGAGAACCUGACAAAGACGUUGAUGAGCUACUGGGCCCCACUGCCCGUGACCAUCGAGGACGUUAUUUUCAGGACUUCUAUCGACUUUUAGUCCAAAAUGAACACUACGAAGACUGGAGCCACGUUCUUUCAACGAUAAAGUUAUCGUUCAAUAAGUACCAGGAAACAAUACAGGAAGUACUAGCUGCGAACUUCCCCAGUCUGAAAGGACGAUGGGAAAUCUCAACGGCUGCUGAUGGUAAUUUUCUACAAGUGUUGAACAUGAGUAUGAACUCGUUUAAUGUCUAUCAUACUGAUAGGAGAUUCGAGACUACUGGCCAGCAGAUUAUAUUUGUGACCCCCGGUGGUGGUGUGUUGAAUGUGGAUCGUGAAAUGGUGAAUAUGACAAAGCAGCGAAUCAUCGAUAUGGGAAUUUCGCUCGAUAUGGUGUGCGCUUGGAGAGCAGCCUCUGCAUGCGCUGUGGCCGCUGGUUUGGUGUUUCACAACCGAUGGACUUCGUCACAACCAUUCGAAGACUAUUUUAUACCUCACUGGAUGAAUUACUCGUAUUAUCGGAUGAGCAAACGUAGUGCUAUAUCGAUCAACUUUCGCCCACGCAUUAACCUGCCGAAUGUAAUGUUGUCUGCACCACGAACUUUGGUAAUGAAUGGAGAGACCGGUACAACAUUGUGA